AUGGCGCGUCGACGAUGGACGGCGCGGCGCGUCGUGACGUCCAUCGUCAUCGCGUGCGCGUUCGCGCGCGCGUCGUGCGUCGGUGCGAUACGUCCGGAGACGCGUAAAGGGUCGACACCGUCGGAUGUCCACGCGAGCGAUGAUCGUCAACACCAUCGAACGCGCGCCGAGCUCACGCUGGAGACGAUGGCGCGGCGAGGACAGUACGCGCGGGCGAUGCGACAUCCGAUGAAUGAUCUCGAUCCGCGGACGUCGGCGUGCGAUGGGGAGGUGUUGCGGACGAAGUGCUCGAUCGUGGAAGAAGCGCGCGCGGCGGUGAGAGUCGCGAAGCGCAGAGUCGAGUACGAGGAAAAUUUGGAGCGUCGAGCGAAGGAGGCGCGCGCGCCACGAGGGACUGAGCAUGUGAACGAUGCACGUGAGGAGGAGACGCCGUCGCGGGGGCGGAAUCUUCUGUACGAUCACGGACGUCCGUAUAGAAGACAGACGCCGCAGCGACGAAAGUCGCCGCUAUCCGAUUCCAAUUUGCACGAGAAGCAGCGUAAGGAGGCGGAUGAAAAGAAACGACAGGAUGCGGAGGAGAAUGAAGAGCGUCAGCGCUUGAUUGAAGAGCGCGCUUUCGCGCAAUUGAAGAGUUUUCCGAAGGGUACACUAGCGCGCGAUCCAAACCAGCUUGAGGAGGACAUCAAAGCGGUGAAGCAGAAGCUUGCUGAGGAGCCGAACAACGAGGUGCUCAACGAGCGACUGGCCAAGCUAGAGCGCGAUAAAAAGACUAUGAUUCAGGGUGCGAGUACCAUGGGUUUGAACAUGGGUGGAGCCGCCAUGGGUGUGAGUGAUAAAGAAAGCGCCGAGGAUCACUGGUUUAUGAAGGGCGACCAAGGCGAUAGGACAACGUAUCGGAAGCGGCACCGGGAGCGACGUUUUCAGAGCGCAAAGGAUGCCUACGAGUACUUGCUCAAGAAGAUUCCCGUCGCGGCCAGAAGCUAUUACGAUUGCGUCGAGCAAAUCGCGUCUGCGGAGGAGAAGACAGCGUUCAUGCGUUUCGUCGAGUUUGGCGGACGCGACGGCAUCGGCAAAGAAGCCACAUUCUCGCGCGAGUGCAUAGCCGAGAUUAAGACGGCUAAGAGACGCAUUUACGAGUUCUGGCAAGCAGAGAAGGACGUCGUUGCGGCGUGUGAUGCGGAGUUGAAGCAAAACUGCGCCAACGUUGAGCACGGCUCUGGCUUGAUCACCUCGUGUCUCUGGAAAGUCAAAACGAACUCCUCGCUGAGCUCAUCGUGCGUGGCCUCGCUCGAUGCGAUAAAUCUUGCGCCUGCCACGGCGCACGCAACGGCGGCUGACGAUGUCAAGGAAGUGGUUAGCAAGGAGGACGUCGCGCCGAAGCAACGUGACAUGGAUGCCAAGACGCGCGAGCCCGUCGGGAAACCUGAAGAGAAAGUGAAAGAAGAAGAGUCGAACGAGCCCGAGGUUGUACGAGAAAACAAAUUCGCGAAAUUCCAUGCCGACAAAACACCGUUGGAGCCGGGACAAGAGCCCGAGAAGGGUGUCCAGGCAAAACUUCGAGAGGCGGAGGCAAGGUUGAAACUUGCAGAGGAAGCCGCAGCGCACGCGGCGGCGCAGUCUCGAAACCUCUUCACGUUUCUCAUCUUCGCUGGAUUUAUCUACGUGGUGAGUCGAAAAGGAAUUCGAAAGAACGUCACGGGCAUCGUUAGGAGAUUGCGUCGCGAGGCGAAGGGCGAUCAUCUCGGUUGA